ACAAAGGCCAUCUUUUCAUUCCCAAUCCACCGCGCUAGCUACCGGCCCAAUUUCAAUAUUACACGCUUCAAAGGGCGGAAUUGUAUACGCUUCGACGCCCAAGCAGUUGUCAUUGUAAGUAUGUAGCAAAGUUCAGUGUCACUUUUUAUUUUCCUCUUGGUUCAACAUGGUACAGGAGGCCGCCGCCAAGCAGGAACAGUCUACUCAAGAAGUGGAAAUCGAACUGCCGACGCUGACGAGCGGAGGCGGUCCGGCGGCGCCCCCCGCGGCCGCGAGUGCCAGCGGCAAAGCCACGGCGAGUAAUAUCGCUGGCGCCGCUCCGGUUGCCGCGGCCGACGUUGCAGUUGAUGUUGCUGACGGCGGAGAACGGGAUCCUGGGCGUACUUCAUCUUCUAAUGAGCUGCGACAAACCAACACCUCCAAAACCAAGGCGAAGGCCGCGGACCAAGACGCCGGUAGAAGAUCGCAGGACGUCGGCGAGACAGGUCAAGGGGCUGCUGGAACAGCAGGAGAUGCGGAGCCUUCGGACGGUAAAGCCAAGCCGCUCACACCGGAGCAAGUCGCGAUGCAAACGGACGCUGCGAAGCGCGGUUUCAUCGUGAAGAUCUUGAUUCUCGCCUGCUUUGUGGACACCUUCACCAUGGUUUUGUUCAUGCCGGCAAUCAACAUCCUGACGCAGAACGCCGAGGGCGGCCCCAUCGAGGCUUACGCCGGCGCUCUUUCCGCCGCGGCGUCCGCGGUUCCGCCGAACGACCGCGGCGCGCGCGAAGCGGUGUGGGAGGCCCAGGGCAUGGCUGACCUCGGCCUGUCCGACGAGUUCAAGGAGCUGUUUUUCACUUACGACGUCGCGGUGUUCAACACACUUCCGGGUUUGAAAGCGUUGGCGUUUGAGAAACUCGGCAUGCCGAAGGCGUUUGACGCGGACGACGUGCCAUUUAAGUUUUCGGCAUCGUCAAAUUUUCUCGCCGUGGUGAUCGCGGUGACGAGCGCGGUUGGCCAGGCCGCGUGGGGUAACAUUAGCGACAACUACGGCCGGAUGCCCGCCCUCCACGCCGCGCACCUCGGCGCGUUCGCCGCGUUUGCGUUGAUGUAUCUCUCGGGCGUGUCCGGGGGCAGCUACUGGGGCUUCGCGGCUGGCCUAGCGCUGAAGGGGUUCUCGAAUAGCACGCUGACGGUUGUGAACGGGUACAUCCGGGACAUCAUGUCGGACGAGGAGGCAGGCCCAGGCGUGGCUGGAGACUUUGAUGGGCGUGAACUUCCUCGGUGGUGCUACCGCGGGUCUGGUCUUGAUGCCGUUUGUAGAGGGGCGGGGCGAGAAUGUUUGGCGUGA